AUGAAUCCCUGUGUUUUUAUCAUUUUCUCACUUCUCUUGCUAUGCCUUGAGACUAUAACUUCCAACCAAUUGGUAGCAGCGGGAGGAGGAGAUGAUAAUGAUGUUAGGAACAAGUGUUCCGAUAAGGAGAGACGUGCUCUUCUUGAUUUCAAAGCUCGCCUCCAAGACCCUGAUGAAACUCUCUCUACAUGGAGAUCUGAAGAAGAAGAAGAUUGUUGUAACUGGAGUGGAGUCACGUGCAACAACCAAACUGGUCGUGUCAUUGAGCUAAAUAUUAGUUCUGGUGGCCUUGAAGGUGAGAUAAGCAAUUCUUUGCUUAACUUAAGCUACCUGACUCAUCUUGAUGUCUUCUCUAAUUCUUUUCAUGGAAUUAUUCCCAUGUUCAUUGGUUCCAUGACUCGUUUAAGGUACCUUCACCUUGGUUCGAAUCAUUUGAAUGGAACCAUUCCCAGGUCCAUUGGUUCCUUGAGAAAAUUAAGGCACCUUGACCUUUCGGAUAACUCUCAUUGUGGUAUCAUCCCUCUAGAGUUUGGAAACCUCACAAACUUGCAAGUGCUUAAUCUUGGAUCCCUUAGAAAGUCUAGAGUUUGGAACCUAGAGUGGUUAUCUCAUCUUUCUCAUUUAGAGGCACUUGAAAUGGAUGAGAUUUCUCUAGCCAAACAAAAUUAUUCGAUAGAUGUGAUUUUGCGUCUCCAGAAACUAAUCUCUUUAAGUUUAGAUGGAUGUGAGGUCUCACAUGUCGUGUAUCCAUAUUCUUCUUCAUUUCUCAACUCUUCUUCUUCAUCUAUUGAAUCCCUUAUUCUCAGCAACAACAAUCUGACCACAUCCAUGUAUCAUUGGUUGUUCCGAUUAACAAGAAAUAAGCUCCGCAUUCUUGAUCUCUCUGGGAACAUAUUAGAUGGGAUACCCAAAUAUCUAGAUUUGUCAGUGAACAAUCUCCAUGGAACAAUCCCUUCGUGUUUGGAUAAUCUUACAAGCAUGGUUCAAGAAGGAUUUCUACCUACACAUAAUGUGCAUUCCUAUACACUUAAAUUGUUUUAUUCUGGAGGUUAUCACUAUGGUGAACGUGAUGAUAAGUAUUUUGACCAUGCAAUGAUUGAGUGGAAAGGAUACGAACGUGAACUCAUCAGUACUCUGGGAUUGUUGAAGAGCAUUGACUUGUCAAGCAACAACUUAACAGGGCCAAUUCCAUAUGAAGUUACCAAGCUCUAUGGACUUCAUGCACUCAACUUGUCGAAGAAUAGUCUACUUGGAGAGAUUCCUGAAACAAUUGGUCAAAUGAAACAACUUGAAACUUUGGAUUUAUCUAGAAACAACUUGUCUGGAGACAUGUCAUCAAGCAUGUCUAGUAUGAAUUUUUUGAAUCAUCUAGACGUGUCAUAUAAUAGCUUGUCAGGGAGAAUUCCAUCCAACACUCAACUGUUGUCUUUUGAAGCUUCAAGAUACUAUGGAAACCCGAGACUAUGUGGACCUCCCCUUACCAAAAACUGUCAAGGAGAUGAUGAAUCAGAAGUACCACAUGUCAUUGGUGAGAGUGAGGAUGGUGGGGAAGAUAUGGAUGAACUUUGGGGGUGGUUCUAUAUUGGUGGGGGCACUGGUUUUGUUACUGGAUUUUGGAUUGUAUGUGGUGCUCUACUUCUCAAUCAUCAUCGGAGACAUGCUUUUUUUCAUUUUUAUGAUAGCUUCAAAGAUUUGGUUUAUGUGAAGGUGAUGGUGUUCUUUGCAAAUCUGCAAAGGGUUGAACAUAGAUAG